GGAUGGUAUUCGGAGGGAAGUUGGAUAAUGGAGCAUGUGUAUUGAUGUCCCUGUGCCAGUCACACUCCUAACGUACUGGUAAACCUCUUAACCUUCCUAAUCUUAGCAGCCAUCUGCUGCGGCAGUCGUCCAGCCUACGCAGCCUGAGCUGUGUUUAAAUGUUACAACUUUAUUUUUUAGGCCAUGCUGCUGUCUUCUCAAGCAGAAAGGAACUGGGAGGGUUUGUGUUCAGUGCUCGAAGAUGUCUUGGAGGACCAGUCCCACAGGCAGCUGUUGGCCUUAGAGCUGGGGUCAGGGACGGGGCAGCACGUCAUGCGAUUUGCCCAGAAGAUGCCAUUUGUUACCUGGCAGCCGUCGGAUAUUAAAGACGAGGCUUUGAACAGUAUCAAAGCAUGUAUCACUGCAACCCAUGCAAAGACAAUACUGCAGCCAGUACACCUGGAUGCCAGUGAGCCAUUGGAGAAAUGGACAGGAGUGACCAGUGACUCUUGUGAUGUCAUUGUUGCCAUCAACUUACUGCAGUAUAGCUCCUUUAAAACCGCUCAGGGUGCUUUCAAAGGAGCAGGCCAGGUUCUCAAACAGAAUGGCCUUCUGAUAACAUAUGGGAUGUAUGCAAUUAAUGGCACCAUUACACCCAGCUGUAAUGAAAACCUUGAUGCAGAACUUCGAAGAAAAAAUCCAGAGUGGGGUCUUCCGGACAUUGACGUUCUGAGACAACUGGCUUAUGAAAAUGGGAUGCGUCUGGAAAGAAUGGUUGAGAUGGAAGAGUAUUACAAAUGCCUCAUCUUCAGAAAAUUAUAAGUUCACACUAUGGAGAAUUUCACUUUUUUGUGUAUUAUUGUUUAAAUGUUUGAUUUAAAAAUAAAUGCCCACAAAAAACGAACAAACUGAGGAUGUAUUUAUACAGUGUAGAAUUAUGUUAGUUUUCAUUGUAUUCAAAUAUAACAAGCUUUUCUGUGUUGUCUUAAUAUUCAUUAUAUACAAAACAAUCAACAUUAAAGAUACAGACACACGUGGACAGUGAGAACCAGAUAUUUAUUAAAUAUAAUUUUAAAAUUACUGUCAGACAGAUCAGACUGAUGGAAUUAAGAAGUUCACAGAUGGUAGCUGACCGGUUACAGAAAAUCACUGGUUUGCUGUGUGAUACAUACAUGCAACAGAUUCUGUUCCUCUUGCAGUCAUUUCCACAUAAUUGAAAAGCCAAGAACUGGUGAAAAAAAAAAGUCAGUCUGAACUGCACUGACUAUAGAACCUCAGC